CGCAAGUUGCACUUCAACAUAGCGAAUCCUGGAAGACACUAGUCUUUCAUCAGCGCUAUAACUCGAUACAUAACUACUUUCUAUUUCUUUCACUUCUGUGCUUUACUUCUUAACACAAAAAUGAAAUCCAUGAUUGUAGUAGCUUGCUUGGCGUUGGCGUGUGGUGCCCACGCUUCCGGAUGGGCUGGUCCCCCAGCCAACAUCGCUCUGUCUCAGGAUGGACGGAAUAUCCUCGACACACCUGAGGUAGCCCAGGCCCGUGCCGCACAUCUCAGCGCGUUACAACAGGCCUCUCAACAUAACACAAACCCCCAAGAUGAUGGCUCAUACGACCCCAGAUGGGACAACGAAGAGUACUGGCAACAAGCUGAUAACAAAUGGAACGGUGCCCAGGCUAACCAAUGGAACGGUGCCCAAGCCAACCAGUGGAACUCUGCUCCUGCUGCCCCCUCUUGGAACUCUGCCCCCGCCUGGAACGCUGCUGGUGCCGGUCCCGCCCCAGUCGCUGAAACCCCAGAAGUAGCUCAGGCCCGUGCCGCACACCUCGCUGCCCUCUCCGCCGCCAAGUCUGCUCCGCAAUCUCAGUGGAACGCUCCUUCCAACAACCAAUGGGACUCGCCCGCUAACAACCAAUGGGACGCCCCUGCCAACAACCAAUGGAACGCCCCAGCCCACAACCAGUGGAACAACAACGGUGCCAACUGGCAAGGACCUGCUGCUAACAUCAGACUGGCACAAAAUGGUGCCGGUAUCUUGGAAACCCCAGAAGUUGCCGCCGCUCGUGCCGCUCACUUAGCAGCUCACGCGCAGGUUGCCCACAACGCUCCCCCAGCUCACCCCCAACAACACUGGUGAAAACUUCUUCCUUUCUUUCUUGGUAACUAGACACCUCUAGCACGUCACGCGUAAUGCGGUGACCGCCAGCUCAUGACGCUCUAGAGCCACGUCAAGGUGCCUCUCUUUUCCUUCGAUCUCCCCUUCGUUUAGGAACCCUUCAAAGUGCAAGUGCGUCAGCCUACUCUUUCCUAUGGCUUUCUUCCUUUUAUACAAACUAUUAAACGGACUUUACUUUUGUACAUAAUACCUAAAUAUAUUAAUUAUAAUAUGUAUGCGUAAUAAACAAAAUAUAUGAAACGGAAAAUUGUU